AUACUUUUUGCCACGCUCCCCCCCCAACCUCAUGAGGUCCGACCGACCCAAGAGCUGGCUUUCGUUUCUAUAAUAGCGACCAGUAGAGGCAUAGUUUUGUUUACUUUUUGUUCUUUUUUUAAAAACUGGUGGCAUUUUGAUUUCAUCCGUUUUUUUUGUUUGUCCAUCUUUCUCGUCUAAUUCUGGGGGGUUUGGGUACCUUACCUAUCUACAUACCUCCCUAAUCAAGCUUGGUGGAUCUAUCUCAUCAGCUGGCAAUCACCCUCCUUUUCAUGCCUGGCAUCACUCUGCCCUCAGUUUUUUGUCUGUCUCGGCCAGCGGAACGAAGCUCAACAUUACCGCCGCCACCAUCAUUGGCUCUUCUUUGUCUCGCAUAGGAAGUGGUGUUCGUGUCUUGCAUUGUCUGGCGUUUCCCCGUUUCUCCAGUUGCAAUCCGGCCCGGAUACUAUCUUCCGGCUUACACAACAUUCCUGUGCAUCUUUCCAUCUUGGCAUACAGUUUCUCUCAGUCUCUCUUUUUUGCAUUCAACCCUUUUCCAGCAUCAGCGUUUCCAUUCGGGCAUUCAACCUUGUUACCUGGUCCCCCGACCUCGACACAUCUGGUCUCUAAUCAAUGCGGCCUACAUAAUCAUUAAUUAUCCUUGGUUCAUCGGGGGGAGAGUGAGGGAGGUCCUGGGGUUGGAUAUUGGUCGACCGACGUUUAUCUCUACAGCAGGACGACCCAACUCGCAUCGGUCUACUGCUGAGAGAAACAUAUUCCACAUCUGUCGGUCCCUCUCACAAUGCUUGCUAUAUAUCUCGCUUGUUUGGCUCUUUGGGUUACUAGCAGUCGUGCUUUCUUCCCUUGGAUACCAUGUGAGGACAACAACAGCUGUGAGGAUCAGCAAAGUCGGAGACGAAGCCUUGAAAGUGAUGGAGUUGUAACGUUCCCCAUCUCAGUGAGGGCGUCCAAUAACGAAGCAGUCCAGUCCCAUGGGGAGAGUAUAUCGCGAAUAGCUCGCUAUCUCUCUGCCAAGUAUAGCCAGGCAGCCUCGUCUGGAAACGACGAGCAACAUGAAGGAUCAGACUUGACCAAGCGGCAGAAUAACAGAUACACGAUAUCCAGGGCUCAGGAUCCCAAGGCUGCGAACAGUAUACCACUCAACCAGGAUGGGACCGACUUUUCCUACUUUGUCGAUGUCGGCUUGGGCUCUGGCCCGAAGCAAAUGCUGAUGCUGUUGGAUACCGGUGCCGGCACAACAUGGAUCAUGGGCUCGACGUGCAAAUCAAGCCCGUGCACCGUCCACAACACUUUUGGACCUGACGAUUCAUCCACCUUCAAGGCUGUAGCGAAGAGCUUCUCGAUCAGCUACGGCAGCGGGUCGGUUUCCGGAUCGCUGGCACAGGACACGCUCUCGCUCGCUGGCAAGAAGAUCCCGAUGACUAUUGGUAUUGCCAACGUUACAUCCGACCACUUCAACCAUUUCCCCUUCGACGGUAUCCUCGGCCUAUCCAUGGCCAGCGGCGCCACGGACAAUCUGCUUCAGACCCUCAAGAAGGAGAAGGCAUUCAAGUCCAACGUAAUGGGGGUUUAUGUCAACCGCAACUCGGACGGACCCAACAUGGGCGAGGUUACCUUUGGUGGAACCGACUCGUCAAAGUACACUGGGGAUAUCACGUAUACCACCGUCCCGGACAACGCCGGGGGUGUCUGGGCCAUCCCUAUGGGAGACUUGUCAUACGAUGGUAAGAAGGCUGGCAUCUCGGGUAGGCGGGCCUACAUCGACACGGGCACGACAUACAUCUUCGGUCCACCUGGUGAUGUCAGUGCUAUUCACAAGCAAAUCCCAGGUGCAAAGAGCUCCGAUGGGGUGACCUACACGGCACCUUGCAACUCGAACAAGUCCUUGACCGUCUCCUUCUCGGGCACCAGCUACACCAUCUUCACGGGCGAUUGGCUGCAGGCUCCCAAUUCUGACGGCGAGUGUGUUAGCAAUCUAUAUGGUAACGAGGUCGUUAAGGGUAGCUGGUUGCUCGGGUCAACAUUCCUCAAGAAUGUCUAUGCAGUCUUCGACAUGGACCAGACCCGCAUCGGCUUCGGCCCUAGAUCUGUUCCACCUCAAGUCACAUCGACCACGAGCGCCUCAGGAACACCGGCGGCGACCUCGGCGCCUCUAACACACGGCCCAACGACUCCAGAAGCGACCGGUGUUGCUAGCCCUGCUACUGGCGGAACGUCGACAUCGUCAACAGGGUCGGCCCGGCCCUCAUCCAACCAGCCGCAAAGUCCAGCUCAACGCAUAUAUUCCUGUCCAUACAUGUUGGCUGCAUCAUUCCUUAUUGCAGUAACGACAGCAUCUGGGCUCUCCGGAUAACCUAGUCGUCGGCUUAUUCUCUUUUGAAGAAAGAAUAAAAAAAAUCAGCAUCGAAUGUCGAUAUUCAACCAGAAGGCAUCCGCAUAAUCAGCAUAGCCAAAGUGUGUCAUGGAUUUAUCAGCAAAAGAAAUGAGAAAGAAAAAUAAAUGAGUAAAGCAAGGGCCAGGGCAUAGUGAGGGGAAUAUUUACUUGUUGCAAAUCAGCAUGUGUAUUCCAUAGCACCGUGCCAUUUGCAGGUUGGCAUCCAUGGCGGACGAUGGAACAGUUUCGAGAUGAGCGUGUCAAGUGUAGUUUAUUGUAAUUAUGAUACCCACCCGGAAGGGUAAAGAGAAGGACAAAUAAAACAGUCGAAUAGCGACUGAAAAGCUGUUUGGAUAAUACUGUCCGAUGCUUGUGUGCCAACAAGAGUGCAAUGAGAUGUACAUUUGUGCGCACCUUGAAGUAAAGGGUACAGAAAU